AUGGAAGGAGUAGGAGGUCGGUUAGGAAGGUCCUCGACUCGUUACGGAGGACCUGCGACGGUGUUCACAGGUCCGGUGAGGAAGUGGAAGAAGAAGUGGGUUCACGUCUCUCCCUCCUCUGCCAAGAAACAUAACCACUCCUCCGCUGCUUCAGACAGCGCUGAUGGAUCGCAUUUGUUGUUCUUCAAGUGGGCUCCAUUGUCUCAGAAUGGAAACGGGAAUGAAGAUGGUAAAAGUGAGAGUCUUUCUCCGAGUGAAGACCCUCUGGUGGUCGCAGCAGCAGAAGAGGAUCCUCCACGGAGGCGCAGAUUCAAAUAUGUUCCGAUCGCAGUACUUGAGGAGCAGAAGAACGAAGUUACAGAAAUUGAGGAAGAUGAUAAGGUUGAAGAAGAAGACGACAAGAUUGAGGAGGAGGAGAAUAAAGAAAAUGAGGAAGACGCAAGUGCAGCAGAGCCAAGCGAGAAGAAAGCACAAGUUGAGGAAAAACCAGACAUGAAUGAUGUUCCCAUGGAUGAUAAUCAGGAGGAAGAAAAAACAGUGCGACAAGAUCUGAACGAAAGCACUAAGGAUUCAGGACUCAACUUGAAUGCGAACGAUGUAGAUGUAGAUUCUGAAAACAAUCCGAAAGGGGCCGAGAGCCAUUAGAAGAGAGAUAAACUGGCGUCUGCAACUCGGGUUUGGCUCUUCUGUCCUCAACUUUUACUGUAGUUAGGAACAAAGACAAACAUAAAAGUAGAAAACAAUUGUCUGUACGUCCCACGGCUUGUUCUUUUUUUUUUUUCCUUUUGAUGAACAGACUCAUUCAUUCGGAACUAAACAUUUGAUUCAUAGAAGAUUCUUGUUUUUCUUUGUCUGAAUUUUAGUUUGAUGAAGUAUUUAGAAGGUUUUGAGUAUGUAUAAUGCACUUUGUAGCAUAUGAACAAAGCUUUUGACCUCAUUGAUCAUUUCAG